GAGUAGGCGGGUCUGCGUCUCUGCAGCUCAGCAUCACUCGCUCCGACUCUCGCUCUUGCUCUCGCUCCAGCCGUCGUCGUUGCCGUUACCGCAGCCGCAGCCGUAGCCGUAGCAGCAGCAGCCGCCGCCGCCAUGGUGCGCAAACUCAAGUUCCACGAGCAGAAGCUCCUGAAGAAGGUGGACUUCCUGAACUGGGAGGCCACCGACCACAACCUGCACGAGCUGCGCGUGCUGCGGCGCUACCGCGUGCAGCGGCGCGAGGACUACACUCGCUACAACCGGCUGAGCCGCGCCGUGCGGGACCUGGCGCGCCGCCUGCGCGACCUGCCCGAGCGCGACCCCUUCCGCGUGCGCGCCUCGGCCGCGCUGCUGGGCAAGCUGUACGCCAUGGGGCUGGUGCCCACGCAGUCGUCACUGCAGCUCUGCGACACCGUCACGGCCUCCAGCUUCUGCCGCCGCCGCCUGCCCGUCGUGCUGGUCAAGCUGCGCAUGGCCCAGCACCUGCGCGCCGCCGUCGCCUUCGUGGAGCAGGGCCACAUCCGCGUGGGCCCGCACGUGGUCACCGACCCCGCCUGCCUCGUCACUCGCGCCAUGGAGGACUUCAUCACCUGGGUGGACUCGUCCAAGAUCAAGCGCCACGUGCUCGACUACAGCAACGAGCGCGACGACUUCGACCUGGACGCGUAGACGCCGCGGGCGCCGGGCGGGGGUCGUCGGGAGCAGGUGCAGGAGCGGCUCCGAGAGAGACUGUGUUCGAAGUCCCUUUCAUUUCAGAAGAAGGCCGCCCGCCCCCGAAGCAGCAGCAGCAGCAGCAGCCGCCGCCGCCGUCUCCUCUUCGUUUAUUGAAUAAACACGGGCUGCGUGCCCCAAUUCAUGCGUGACCCGA